UCACUCUGCUCCGGUCCGCCUACACUCUACAGGAAUCGGCCACAAUGGAAGCAAUUAAGGAUAUCACGGAGACGGCGGCCGUGGACCUGGGGGACCUGCUGGACGCCGGGGACUGCGCUGUGGUGACGCUGACGGCGGGCGACACGCGGCUGUUGGCGCACAGGGCCGUCCUGGCGGACAGGAGCCCUGUGUUCGCCGCCAUGUUCGCCCACGACACCCUCGAGGCCAGCAGCGGCGCGGUGAGGAUCCCAGACGUGGGGGGCCCGGUGCUGAGGCAGCUGGUCUCGUACCUGUACACCCUGCAGGCCCCCCAGCUGCCCGGCGCGGCCCCCCAGCUGCUGGCCGCAGCGGAUAAGUACGGGGUGUCGGGGCUGAAGGCGGAGUGUGAGAGGCAGGUGGCCGCUCAGCUGACUGUUGAGACCGCGGCAGCCGCAGCCGUCCUCGCAGUCCGCCACUCCUGCAGUGACCUCAGGCGCACCGCCAUCGAAUUUAUUAAGACUCGUACCCACGAGGUGAUGGCCACUCAGGGGUGGACAGAUGCGAUGCUUCAUCAACCAAAAGACUUGAUCAAAGUGAGCCGGUUGCUGUAUGAUCCACCACCACGAACCAGCGCACCAGCCGCCACCAUCACCACUGCCGCCACCACCACGUCCAGCACACCCAGCCAGCCACCUGCUGCUGCUGCACCACCCACGCCUCCUCCACCUGGACAAGUCACUGUCUCUCGCACGCGCCCACCAGCUGCUACACAGCUGGGGUCCACCACCACCACCGCCACUGCCGCCGCCACCACCACCACCACCAGCACCACCACCACAGCUGCCAUCAGCACCACCACCACCACCACCACCGCCACCAGUAGCACUGUGAGCACAACCCGCCAGAGGUCUUCUGCUACUGUGCUGCCCACAACUCCACCACCUAAUGAAGCCACUGUCUCUCUCAUGCGAAGACUUCCUGCAGAGGAGAGAGGCAGGAGGCUGAUCCAGGCGGCUGUGCAGGGGUUAGUGGGGGAGCUGAGGGCGCUGCUUGCCGCAGGGACCGACGUGGGGGCUAGAGGCGGGUGGGGCUGGACUGCCCUGCACUGGGCGGCAGUUAGGGGUGACGUCGAGGUGGCGAGGCUGCUGGUGGAGGCGGGGGCGGAUGUGAACGCUAGGGAGAGCAGCAGGGAGCAGAUGAUGCCUCUGCACCUGGCUGCAGAGCGGGGCGGCGCCGCUGUGGCGCGGCUGCUCUUGCAGGCGAACGCCGACCCCAAUGUAAGGGAUAGCGAUGGGUGGACGCCGCUGCACUGGGCGGCAUACAGUGGCCAAGCGGAAGUGGCGGCCGCGCUGCUCGAGGCAGGGGCCGACACGGGGGCCGCAGCUGGUAAUGGGCGGACAGUGUUGGACAUCGCCAGGCAGAACGACGACAGGCGGCUGAUAGAGAUGCUGUCAUGAGGCAGCCAGCCCAACAAACUUACCACAAGAGAAAGAACUGAAACUGCUUCUCUACUAAUAAUAUGCAUCCUUAAAUAAACAAUAUUCCAAAACUCAA